AUGUGCUUUCAGUCCCAGAGCCUGCAGCUAGAGCAGGAGAGACGCCUGGCUUCCAACUAUGCACUGGCCAAGCAAAACCUGCCUCUGAAGCCGUGCCUGGAGAAUGGCAGGACCUCCCUGGCCGUCAAGUACCAGGAGCUGCAGGAACUUCGAGAGAUGUGUCGGGAGAAGCAGCAGCACUUAGCCGUCUUGCUCUUCCAUCUCCGCCACACCCAGGUAGGGAAACUGCAAGAGAGCCUUCUGUCGGAGGAGAAAGGUCCACCGGGGAAGCUGAGGCCAGGAUGCGAGAGACUGGGUAAAGGCCCUUCACCUGAGCUGCCACCCUUGGCACAAAAUGAAACCGCCAAGCUCUCCGAGCUCUGUUACAGUUUCACACCAGCUCUUCGUACCCCCUCAGCAGAUGUCAUUCCAUUCCCUGUGCCAGGUACUUCGCCAAAGCACCACCUCCCUCCGAUGGAUUCUUCAGCAGUUAUACCCAAACAGCAGCUACAUGGACACGACUAUGGAUGGUAG